GUUGAUUAUAGCUUGCCUUUUUACCUAUAUCGUCAGUGUUUCCCGACUCCAGUUCAACAAAGUUUAAAAAGUUCAGCAGAGUUUAAAGGAGGAGUUUUGUGUGCAUGCGUAUCAGUUCUCUGUCUGCAUUAAAUAGCAGGUUUGAGACGGGCCGUCCAGCAGAUCAGUAACCAUGUUGCCCGCACUUGUUCUGUUGUGUCUGGGAGCCUUUCUUCUGUACUUGCAGUUUAGAAUUCGAAGACCCAAAAACUUCCCCCCUGGACCCACUCCUGUUCCAUUUUUUGGAAAUUUGCUUCAACUGGACCGCACAAACCCGUUAAAGGACUUUGACAAGUUUGCUCAGCGCUAUGGGUCAAUCUACGGGCUGUUCAUUGGUAGCCAGCCAGCAGUGGUGUUGACAGGUCAGAAGAUGAUCAGGGAGGCACUGAUCACAAAAGCGGUAGAAUUUGCUGGCAGAUCAGACAACAUGAUGGUCAGUCAUGUAACACAAAGCAAAGGGGUGAUCAUGGCAGAUUAUGGAGAAAGUUGGAGGGAGCAUCGACGCUUUGCUCUGUCCACACUGAGGAACUUUGGCCUUGGAAAGAGAAGUAUGGAGCAGAGGAUUCUAGAGGAGGUCAAAUAUAUCUGCUCACAUUUGAAGGAAUCUGCUGGAAAGUCAAUUGACCCUGAACAUCUGUACCACCAAGCUGCUUCAAACAUCAUUGCCUCAAUCAUUUUUGGGUCACGUUUCAAUCAUCAGGAUGAAUAUUUCCAGACAUUGAUCAUAAGCAUCGAAAAACUUACUAAGAUUGUCAUUGGACAAUGGGCAAUGCUCUACGAAAUAGCCCCAGUGUUAAGGAUUUUUCCACUGCCAUUCUGCAAGGCUUUUCAGUAUUAUGGAGAAAUUAAAAAUCACAUUCUUAAAGUUGUGGAUGAGCACAAGAAGUCACGUGUUACUGGGGAGCCCAGAGACCUGAUUGACUGUUACCUGGAGGAGAUAGAGAAAAGAGCAGAUCAAUGCACCACAUUUGACGACUCACAGAUGGCCACUUUGCUGUUUGACCUGUUUGCGGCUGGAACUGAAACAACCUCUAACACACUCCGCACUUUAACGCUCUAUUUGAUGACUCACACUCAUAUACAGGAACAAUGUCAGCGGGAGAUUGAUGAAGUCCUUGGUGAUCGUGAACAUGUCACAUUUGAGGACAGAAACGCCAUGCCUUACAUUCAAGCAGUGAUUCAUGAGGGUCAGCGUGUUGGUGACAUUGUUCCUCUUAGUAUGUUUCACACCGCUACAACCAACGCUCAGCUCCGGGGCUACAACGUCCCAAAGGGGACAAUUAUCAUCCCCUAUCUGUCAUCUGCUCUCAGAGAGGAAAGUCAGUGGAAGUUUCCCCAUGAAUUCAACCCUCAAAACUUCUUGAAUGAUAAGGGGGAAUUUGUGAAGCCUGAUGCAUUCAUGCCUUUCUCUGCAGGAUCUCGUGUGUGUUUAGGAGAAAAUCUAGCUCGCAUGGAGCUCUUCCUCAUCCUGGUCACGGUGCUGCGGCGAUUCUGUCUGGUCUGGCCGGAGGACGCAGGAGAACCGGACUUCAAACUUAUAUAUGGUGGGACACAGUCAGUGAAACCUUACCGUCUGACUGUACAACUACGUACACCUGGGCAGACUUGUAAAUCUGUUAACUGAACAUACGUUGCCCUUCAGUGACAACAUCCCCCAAAAGUGGGUUAUGUCACACCUCACUUUUCAGCAAAAGUGAAACAAUUACGACACGCAAGACAUUAAAUGUGUAAGUAAAUUAAGUUGUAUAAAAUUACAACCAAUAACACACUUGAAAACUCACAGAGAAAAUUGUGAAAAAUACCUUUGCCCUAAUAUGUUAAACUCAGUGUGGUUUUAUUGUGUUUGCUUAUUUACUCAACAUCUACAGCAAAAUAAGUUAUAAUUUUAACUGUUUAAAACCAACAUACAAAAUUACUGCCAAGAAAUCUAAUUACAGACUUUGCAGCUUUUGUGCCAACUAGCCCCAGUCUCUUAUAUGCAUUAAAUGUGUUAAUGGUGAAACUUUGAUUACAACAAUUGGAAGCUUUAUGGUAUUGUUUAUCUUUUAACAAUUAUUUACAACCAUUCAGCAGAAUUACUGUGCAAUCAUGAGACUUCCAGUGGUCGUGUUUUAAUCAUUUAUUGUUAUUUGUUUUUAAUCCACUUAAAUAUAUAAUUAAAAUU